AUGGAUUCCUUUGAGGCAAGGUUGCAGUUUAUACAAGUUUUGAAAAACUUACAAAAGACUUUAAACAUCACUAGAGAGACAUCUCCGACACCAUCGCUGAAUACAAGCAGCAAAUCCAAUUUAACAGAUCCAGUACAGUUUUAUUUGAAAGGAUAUGAACAACAUUAUGAAGAUUUCCAUCAAUGUAUGUUUACAUCGGGAGAAAAAAUGGAUCCAUUGGAUAGAUUGAACAUUGUUAUGUAUUAUCAAAUGAUUCUAAUAGCGUUAUGGCCAAUAAGUCAAAAAGAAGGCAACAAUGAAAUUUCCAAGAAAGUAAUAUUCAAAAAUUUACUUCCAUCAAUUGACAAGAUUUUUCAACUAGCAUUACCACCUAAUGAAUGGAAGUCAUUAGUAAAUUUACCGAAAUGCAUUGAUAUAUUUAAAUCUUUGAACAAAAUAUGUGGCGGUAUCAUCGAUGAAAACCAAAUACAAGAAUUAGAUAAGGAAAAAUUGCCUUUAUCAAACUCGGAAUUAAUCGAGGAUGAGACGAAAUGGUUAAACAUACCAAUGGAUAAUUUAAACAAUACCUCCAAUAUAGAUUAUAAAGAAUCAUUUCAAAAUUGUUUUAAAUUAUUAAUCGAUAGAAAAUGUAGACAACAGCUCUUUUUCCAAAAUUAUGAAAACCCAGAUAAACUCAAGCUAAUAUUUCAAUUGCCACAAACUACAAGUACUCAAAUAACACUACAUCGGAUGGAAAGUGACAGAGAAAGACACAAACGGGCCAAGGAACAUAUGUGGUUCAUAAACAAAACCAACAUGUUGGAUGAAUCAGAAUUUCAAAACUUAUGGAAUAAAAUCCCAAAUUCAUUAACUGCAGAAGAUUUGACAAGCAUUCAAGAGAUCCAAUCAAUAGCAAAACAAAGUUACAUGAUAUAA